CAGGCCUCAGUCCAGGCCUCAGCGCUCCAUCCAGCACAACUGCAGGAAGUGGGUGUGGUGCAGUGGGUGGGGCUUUGCCAGGGCUAAUUGGUGCCACUGGUCCCUCUGUGAUGAUGAAACCAUUUCUGACGUUUCCUGUCGAGACGACGUCGCCAGUGGGUCUUUUUCCAAACUUCAACACGAUGGACCCGGUGCAGAAGGCCGUCAUCAACCACACGUUUGGCGUUAGUUUGGUACCAAAGAAGAAACAGGUCAUCUCAUGCAACGUCUGCCAGCUGAGGUUUAACUCUGAUUCUCAGGCAGAAGCCCACUACAGAGGCAGUCGUCACGCCAAGAAACUCAACCUCACUGACUCCUUUCCUCUCAAACCUUUCCUCCUCCCCUCCUCCCCUUCCUCCUCCGCCUCCCCCUCCUCUAGCAGACCGGGCAGCGAGCCUCCUCCCUCCAGUCCCCCCACCGCUCUCCCCGCCCCGGGCCUUUUCUCCACCUCCUCCUCCUCCCCCCCUUCUUCCAAAGCCUCUCUGCUUUCCCCUCCUCCAGCUCCUGUCAUCUCCUCUUCAUCCCCUUCUCUUCCUCCUCCUCCUCCUUCUCAGGCCUCCUCCCAGGAUGCUCCUAUCUCAGUUGUAAAUGAGUCAGAGGAGGAGAAGGCAAAGAAGCUGCUCUACUGCUCUCUGUGUAAAGUCGCCGUCAACUCUCUUUCUCAGCUGGAGGCUCAUAAUGCAGGUUCAAAGCACAAGACGAUGCUUGAGGCCCGGAGUGGCGCUGGUCCAAUCAAGGCCUACCCUCGAGCCGGAGCCAAGCUGAAGAUCGUUAGCGGCAUUGCACUGAAGGGCUCCGGCCUGCAGAACAAAACCUUCCAUUGCCAGAUCUGCGAUGUCCAUGUCAACUCCGAGAUCCAACUCAAACAGCACAUCUCCAGCAGGAGGCACAAGGACAGAGUGGCAGGAAAACCCAGCAAACCCAAAUACAGUCCUUAUAAUAAACAGCAGCGCUCUCCUUCCCUUGUUUCUUCUCUUUGCCUCCCGAAGGAGUUGGUGAAGCCCUCCCUCUCUCCAUCCUUCCUCUCUACUCCCUUUGCUCCUCCGCCCUCCUCCCUCACUUCAACCAUCUCACUUCCUCCCACCCCUCUCUCCUCCUCCCCCCUCCUCACUCCCACCUCUUCACCCCUCACCCCAACCAUCUCUCUCCAUCAUCGCCCUCCAACCUCCUCGUCCCUCUUCACCACCUCCUUCCUGCGCCCGGCUCCUGGACCAAUGAGAACGAGCCAAGGAUCGAUCCUCUUCACACCCUACUGA